AUGUGCGUGGAGUGCGAGAGCAAGCGGGCCAAGAACCUCUCUUCUCCCAGAGACAGUCAGACCCAAGCCCCAAGCCCUUACCGGACCAUUGAGGGCCUGGGCGCUACAGGCAAUAUCAUUCAAGUGAACGCGGUGAGUGAUCCCACCCCAGACGACAGGGACACAAGUAGUACUGACCACAGCGACAAUGGUCAGGUCUUCUUGGGUGCUGCCGUUGGUGAUUUGGGCAAUGGGGACGCAGACAUUACUGGCCACAGCGACAAUGGUCAGAUCUGUUUGCGUGCUGUUGUCGGCGAAUCGAAGUCAAAUUGCGGACUAGCACAUUCCGAUAAAUCCUCUGUGACGCUUUUUAACUUUGCUCGUACUAAUCCCAGUUCACCGGAGAUGGGUGUAGAUGACUAUUUUGUGUCUGCAACUGUCAAGACCAGUCCGGAUCAUCUCACACACAGUGGUGAUAAGAGCAAUGAUGCAAAGGGCGAUGCUUGUGCAUCCCCCAGCGAUAAUAGCAGCUGCGAGACAGAUAGUUCUGGCUCGUCGCUCUACGGAUCUUCUUUGAUAAGGUAUAAUAUACUUAAGCUGAGAAUUGACGAAUACGUUGAGAAGCGGCAGCAACAGCGACAGGAGCUGAAAACUGACCAUGAACAGCACGACACUGACGUAUAUGGCCCCUGUGUUGAUCCUGAGGACAUGUCUCCUGCGAGCUCUGAUAGCUCUGAAGCUGACCAUCACUCGUAUGACCAGCCCCCUCUUGACAUUGACCUUGUGCAGCAGCGUAUUGAAGCGACCGUCCUGAAGCGUAUUGAAGAGAACAAGGAAAAAGAAGCCCGGCAGGAAACCAUCUCCAAGCUCCUCGACGCGGCACUUCUAAAGAAGGACCGAGACGACCGGCGCGCGAACAACGCCGAGCUGGGUAUCGAAGAGGACCCCCAUCUCUGGGACACAGAGUCCCUCGACCGAAUGUGGCAGGCAGGGAUCUCCACUGUACCCCCCGAUAAUGAUAGCACCCCGGUCUCCCCUCACACCUACCCAUCCCCCAAGAGUCAACAGGCCCCAACCCCAGACCCCCAACCUCAGAAGCACAUGUACAUGGGCAGCAUGUUUGCCGACGAAGAAUCCGCCUACCAACGCGGACUACGCGAGAUCCGGCCGUAUGGCAAUUACCCAGGUGAGUGGGAAGGAUUCAUGAUGGCAUAUUCCGAAGACGACGCGAACCGGCAGGGGCUACUAGACCCACUCCACGUGCGAGGGUGCUGUUCCGAGCGACGCGCCGACUUUCACCUCUUCUACGGAGUGAUGCAUGCGUCGUCAGAGGAAGAAGCCGAGAAACGCUGGUUGGAGGAUAUCCGGCGGAUACCCGGCGAGGAUGGGAAGUUCUACGGGUUGUUGCGGGCUGACGAUUUGCGGCACGCGCGCGCGAUGGGACUUUGUGAUAUCCGCCACCCGUGGGGGUGUUGCAAGGAUGCGCUUUUUACAAUGCCAGAGCGGGUGCUUCAUAAAUACAGUGGGUUUAUGUGUGCGAUCUCCCUGGAGGAGGUUGGACGGAUGGGAUUGUGUGAGGCACAACCGGUUCCUGGGGAAUGUGGUGAUUAUUACGGUGGGACUUAUUAUGGGUAUGUUGAAGCGUAUUGUGAGUUGGAUGCUUUUCAGAUGGGAUUGAAGGAGCCCGAACAUGAUGGUUUGUGCCAAGGCCGAGGUUGUGUCGAUCUCGGAGUCUGA